CUGGGUUUAAAGAGCUUGGAAGAGUCCUUGAACGUGAGCUUGUCAUUAUAUAAACCAGUAGUAACAGUCUAGGUAGAUAUUAUUUAUUUGGCGCCGACAAGGUUUGGAUUCUACGUUUCCUUACCCUGAAGCCAGUCAUAACGGGAUACAUUUUGCUUUGGGCGUUCUUAAAAAGCAUCUCUGAGCGAGCAUCCAUUCCUUUUAUUGCUAGCCAGCUAGCAUUGGUUUACAUCAGUGAAGACAGUGACAGCACUGCUAACAGAGGCCCUCAACAAUAAGCCACUAAAAUGUCGGGGUACCAGGGCAAGAAAAAUAUUCCCAGAAUUACAAGCGAUCGUCUCCUUGUCAAAGGAGGGAAGAUUGUGAACGAUGACCAGUCUUUCCUGGCUGAUAUCUACAUGGAGGAUGGGGUCAUCAAGCAGAUCGGAGAGAACCUCAUUGUUCCCGGCGGGGUGAAGAUCAUCGACGCCCACGGCAGGAUGGUGAUUCCCGGGGGCGUCGAUGUGCACACCCGCUUCCAGAUGCCCGACCGGGGCAUGGUAGCAGCUGACGACUUCUACCAGGGCACCCGGGCCGCCCUGGCGGGAGGAACCACCAUGAUCAUUGACCACGUGGUUCCAGAGCCAGGGGGGAGUCUGGUGGCAGCCUUCAGCCAGUGGAGGGAGUGGGCCGACAGCAAGUCCUGCUGUGACUACGCUCUGCAUGUUGACAUCACUUCCUGGCACCAGGGCAUCCAGGAGGAGAUGGACAGCCUGGUGAAGAAUCAUGGUGUCAACUCUUUCCUCGUCUAUUUGGCUUAUAAGGAUGUUUUCCAACUUUCCGACUCUCAGAUGUACGAGGUGUUUGGUGUCAUCAGAGACCUGGGAGCCAUCGCACAGGUGCACGCAGAGAACGGAGACAUCAUCGCUGAGGAGCAACGUAGGAUCCUGGAGCUAGGCAUCACGGGGCCUGAGGGGCAUGCCCUGAGCCGUCCUGAGGAGGUGGAGGCUGAAGCAGUCAACCGCUCAGUCACUGUGGCCAACCAGACCAACUGCCCCCUCUACGUCACCAAGGUGAUGAGCAAGAGUGCCGCUGAUGUCAUAGCCCUGGCCAGGAAGAAGGGGGCUGUGGUUUACGGAGAGCCCAUCUCUGCCAGCUUGGCCACCGACGGCACCCACUACUGGAGCAAGAACUGGGCCAAGGCUGCCUCCUACAUCACCUCUCCUCCCCUCAGCCCCGACCCCAGCACCCCUGACUACCUCAACUCCCUCCUCUCCUGCGGGGACCUGCAGGUGACGGGGAGCGGACACUGCACCUUCCACACCUCCCAGCGCGCCGUGGGCAAGGACGACUUCACCCUCAUCCCCGAGGGCACUAACGGCACCGAGGAGAGGCUGUCGCUCGUCUGGGACAAGUGCGUCGUGGCCGGCAAGAUGGACGAGAACCAGUUUGUGGCGGUGACCAGCACCAACGCUGCCAAGAUCUUCAACCUGUACCCACGCAAGGGCCGCAUCGCCGUGGGCUCCGACGCCGACCUGGUGCUGUGGAACCCUGACGCCUGCCGGGUCAUCUCAGCCAAGACCCACAACCUGGUGGUGGAGUACAACAUCUUCGAGGGCAUGGAGGUGCGUGGGGCCCCGCAGGUGGUGAUUAGCCAGGGGAAGAUGGUGCUGGAGGAGGGGACCCUGCACACCACCGAGGGCUGUGGGCGCUACGUGAGCAGGAAGCCCUUCCCCGAACACGUCUACAAGAGGAUCAAGGCCCGCAGCCGGCUGACAGAGCUCCGUGCCGUGCCCCGGGGGCUGUACGACGGGCCCGUGUGCGAGGUCACCCUCACCCCCAAGGCCAUGACCCCGGUGUCGUCGGUGAAGACGUCCCCCGCCAAGCAGCAGCAGCAGCAGCAGGCAGCCGCCGCCCCCCAGCCGGUGCGCAACCUGCACCAGUCUGGGUUCAGCCUGUCUGGUGCGCAAGUCGACGACAACGUUCCACGCCGCAGCAGCCAGCGCAUCGUGGCGCCCCCUGGUGGCAGGGCCAACAUCACCAACCUGGGCUAAGCUGCCCCGGCCCCCUGAGCAGAGACGCAAGGAGGGCAGGAGACCACCACCACCACCACCCGGGGGCCAGUUCACCCCCCCACCACCACCUCAUCGUCUGGAGUUACAGCUACAAGGGCCCCCGUCACCACGCCCCCCACCCCCUCACCCUCCAACCCGACUCGCCCUUGCUUUAUAACACACCCUCCAUCCUCCACCCAUUUCUGCUGUGUCACAGUAAACAGGGAGAGAAAAGGAUAACGCUGUCUGGUGUCGUACGAUAUGCUGUAUGGUUUUAAGUGUUUUUGAAAGGGGGAGUCAAGGUGAAUUGCAAUGGCAGUUUUUAUUAUUAUGAUAAUGUAAUGGAUUCAGUUAGCAGGCACUUUCAUCCAUAGCGACGUACAAUGGGGGAUUUGAACCUGGGAUCCCAUGUUCUGAAGUCUAAUGCUCUACCACUAAACUGUACGCAUCCCAGUAGAUAUUGAUAGGUAUCUAUUGAAAAUGUGGUCAUAUAUGUGGUGUUUAUAUUUUGCGUUUUGUGGGUACAAACUAUAUUUCGUUGGUUUACUGAAUGAGCUGCACAAUAGGAUGCAGCCCUGUGUGGGUUUAUACAUUGCUACUUAAAUGCCUUCUUGUUCUGGCAGCAGACUCUUUGAAUUCAAGUCAUGAGAUAAUGAACUUGCUGCGAUGCUCUACAGUGAUAAACGGACUGUGAGCAAUCAGCACCAGGGCGUUAGUAUUGCUUUAAGUGAGCAGCAUUGUUUACGGUGUUUUCUUGGUGUUAUAUUUUGAAUGGUUGUUUCAAUGGCAUGAACUGGUGGUGAUUUUUGAGUGUUUCAGUUCCAAGUAACUAUGCUUUUUUUUUGGACACUGUAAAUAUCUUUAGGCAGUAGAAUCGUGUCGUGGAAGGAACUGCAGAGGAUGGUUUGGGCUCACAAAUCAGUUUGCAGUAUUUGAUCUCGGUCGUGCUUACGCUUUUAUUUUGUCAUUGUUACAGUACCACUGAAUGCUUAGCUGAUCAGAUUCACUUCAAUCUUGCUUUUGUCUCUUUGCCUCACUUCCCCCAGGUCUUGCUGUGGUAGUGUUUUGUUACUACUGUCAUGUUCAAUCAUUUCUAACAUAAAACACAAAAAGUAAGAUACAAAAUAUUUGUGAUGGAAUGCACAGCACGCAGAAAGCUUUAUAGGGUAAACCAAUUCCUUGUGCGUUCGGGGCAGAACCAUCGGCCAGAAUACUCGACGGCAACACAGGAGCUUUCAUCCCUUACACAUUUCACAGGAAGCGUUGGGCCUCCUCUUUCCUAUGGCUUCCUUUAGCUCCCUAAAGUUGAAUGUUGCCAGGACAACAGCCUUCCUAUAAUCGCAGUGCUGUUUGUUGUUAAUGACACUGACAGCCAUGCUGGAUAUGAGGUUGCCCCUAACAACCCUUCCACACCAGGUGCUAUUUGAUCAAUGCUGUAUAGAUGCAGACGCUGUGUGUUCUUUCCACUUAACUACUGCGAUGAAAAUGAUCAUGGGGGGGGGAGAGAGAGAGAGCCUGGAUAAUGCUAUCUUUCAAUCAUGGUCUUAUGACGUAACUUUUGUUUUAUAACUUUCCAGGCCAAAAUUGUGAUUCAGCCUAUGUGACUGCAACAUUUCUGUAUCGGGUUUGUCUUAUUUAAGAAUGCGUGUUGGAUAUCACUUGCCUGCCUAUUGUAUAGAUACCGAGAGCACACUAAUCAUGUAUCAAUGAAAAGUACCUGCGAAGCACUGGCUGACCGCCUGUACAAAGUAGUGCUUUGAGACCCAAUGACGAGUGCUUUGUAAAAGAAGUUAUUAACCGUUUGACGAUGACACGGUCACGUUCUACCGCUGGUUUCACUGUUUCUAGAAUAGCACGUACUCUGAACCCUGUAAGUGUUGAUGUGGGUCACUAUGAUGAAGUACAGUAUUCCUUUACCCCCCCCCCCCCCCUCUGAAGCUCUUACAGAGCCGGGACCAAUAGAAAUCAGUUGCAUGUUGAUGAUGCGGCACAGUGGAGACUGCACUGGGAAGCGGUUGUCGUGGUCACCCACCCCGUCCCCUACAGUCUCCACCGUGUUACCGUACAGCAUUCCCUCCUCCUCCUCGCCUCGUCGGGUGGAGGUUCACUAACGAGUCAGUUUGCCUCAGCCGAGGCAGUUUCCUAGUGUUGAUGGUGUAAAAGCUCUGCUGUUGCCCUUGGUUACGUAAUGGUUGACUUUUGUUUGUUAGCCCUCUAGAUUAACUCCUGAAGGCAUCCAGUCCUGUACCUUGUGUGUUGACUUCAGUGGUUUCAAACAAUAAAAAUUGAACAAAGUUA